CGCCCGUUCCGGCGCUGGCCCCGCCCAGCCCCGCGCGGUAAGAUGGCGGCGGCGGCGGCCGAGCCCGAGUGCGAUGUGGUGAUGGCGGCGCCCGACGGGCCCGGCGAGCCCGACGGCGACGAGGACACGCGCAGAGAAGCAGAAGCAUUCAAGGAGCAAGGAAACGCGUACUAUGCCAAGAAAGAUUACAACGAGGCGUACAACUACUACACGAAAGCCAUAGAUACCUGUCCCAAUAAUGCCAGUUAUUAUGGGAACAGAGCUGCCACGCUCAUGAUGCUGGGGAGGUUCCGAGAAGCACUGGAGGAUGCUCAGCAGUCGGUCAGGUUGGACGACAGCUUUGUGCGGGGCCAUCUGCGGGAAGGGAAGUGCCACCUUUCCUUAGGGAAUGCCAUGGCUGCCAGCCGCUGCUUUCAACGAGUUCUAGAACUGGAUCAUAAGAAUACGCAGGCACAGCAGGAGCUGAAGAACGCCACGACGGUGCUCGAGUAUGAAAAAAUAGCUGAAGUGGAUUUUGAGAAACGGGAUUUCAGGAAGGUUGUGUUCUGCAUGGAUCGUGCUCUGGAGUUUGCUCCCGCAUGUCACCGGUUCAAAAUCCUCAAGGCCGAGUGUUUGGCGCUGCUGGGCCGGUACCCUGAGGCUCAGUCCGUGGCCAGCGAUAUCCUGCGGAUGGACUCGACGAACGCCGACGCGCUGUACGUGCGCGGGCUGUGCCUGUACUACGAGGACUGCAUCGAGAAGGCCGUGCAGUUCUUCGUGCAGGCCCUCAGGAUGGCCCCGGACCACGAGAAGGCCUGUCUUGCCUGCCGGAAUGCCAAAGCACUUAAAGCGAAGAAGGAGGACGGGAAUAAAGCGUUCAAGAAAGGCAACUACAAACUAGCGUAUGAACUGUACACAGAGGCGCUAGGAAUAGACCCAAAUAAUAUCAAAACAAAUGCCAAACUCUACUGCAACAGGGGGACGGUUAAUUCAAAGCUUAGGAAACUCGAAGAAGCGAUCGACGACUGCACGAACGCGGUGAAGCUGGACGACACGUACAUCAAGGCGUACCUGAGGAGGGCACAGUGUUACAUGGACACAGAACAAUAUGAAGAUGCUGUAAGAGACUAUGAGAAGGUUUAUCAGACAGAGAAAACAAAAGAACACAAACAGCUCCUAAAGAACGCACAGGUGGAACUGAAAAAGAGCAAACGGAAAGACUACUACAAAAUCCUGGGGGUGGACAAAAAUGCCUCUGAAGAUGAGAUCAAGAAGGCUUACAGGAAACGAGCACUAAUGCACCAUCCAGACCGACACAGUGGGGCAAGUGCAGAAGUACAGAAAGAAGAGGAGAAGAAGUUUAAGGAGGUUGGUGAAGCCUUUACAAUCCUGUCAGACCCCAAGAAGAAGGCCCGCUACGACAGCGGGCAGGAUCUGGAAGAGGAUGGAUUGAACAUGGGAGACUUUGAUGCAAAUAACAUCUUCAAGGCCUUCUUUGGCGGGCCGGGAGGCUUCAGCUUCGAAGCUUCUGGUCCUGGAAAUUUCUUUUUCCAGUUUGGCUAAGAAGCAAACAAACACAAAUCAAACCACACAUACCUGAUCUGCUUCUUUUAACCUCGAGUACGGACAGCCCCAGACUCCUCCUCCAUCACGUCUCGUUGUCCUUAGAGCAGUUUCAUUUCUGGGUUGGAGCCUCUGUUUGUGUGUUGUGUGUGUGAAGAGGAAACCAGCUCGGGAGGGGAAGGCUUGUGAAUUUUGUUUUACUGUUAACUUUAUUAAAAAAAAAAAAAGAAAAAUAAAAAUAAAGCUUUGAAUCUUUUGGUCCCUCCAUGCUGGCCCAUGCUUUCAGCUGCUCCUGCCCCUCAGCACAGAGGAUUUCCCGGAAUUUUCCCGGAAUCUCCGUGUGUGAGAGGGUGAAGGAAUCUCCUGGUUUAUUUUGGUUGGCUCUGAAGCAGCAUGUCCAGGGUUUCGAGUAACUUGUAAGUUAUCUUAAUUUUUCGGAAAUAUUGCCAACACUCAAUCCAGUUUUAUACAAUCCCAUUUCACCUGCCAGCUGGAUUUUUGGCUCUUUUUAUUUCUUUUUUUUUUCCCAUGGUUCUCCCAAGGUCCACUCGGGCAUUAACUUCAGUGAUAAUGUGUAAGCUUACAAUUCUGUAUCAGAGGAAUGCUGCUUUGAGUUUAAAGAGCAGCUUAUGUGAGAAUUCCCUGUGAUGCAGCUGGAAUUAAGGGCUUUGUGUUCCCAGGAUUGUCCUGUUUAAGGGAAUAUUGAACUUGCUCUGGGCUGAAUUCCUUCACUGUACUUUUUUUAAUUAAUCCACUUGAAUAUUUCAUAUUUGUGCUAAACUUGAUUUUGUUGAGCUUGAUGUGUGAUUUCCUGUUACUGAUCCAUGACGUGGGUGAGUCUUUCAAUGCCAAGUGAAGUCCAGGCAGGGAUUGUGGGUGGUUUGGGAUGUGCAGUGCCGAGCUCCUGUUGUGCAGCAGCUGGGUUGGUUGGUUAACCUGGCCAAGUGGUUUUCUCCUGGCAGUGAUUUACUCGUCCAAAGCAGCAGGGAAAUGCAAAGCCCAGCUCUGAACUGACAACCUGUACUUGUUUCUCUCAUGCAGUGUCAGGAUGGGAGCUGGAGGGAUGGAUGACCUUCCAGCCCGGAGCUGCUUCCAGAUGGGUUUGGUUUCACCUAAAAGGUGGUGUUGCAGCAGGAUCUUACCUGGGAGAGGGCUCUGCUCCCAGAAUUCUCCCCUGCUCUCUAGGGAGUGGAGAACCUUUUUGCCCAGGUGCUCUGUGAGUUCGGUCCUGUCUGUGGAGGGUUCAUGCUCAGCGUGGGGUGUGAGGGGAGCAAGAGGCAGCAGGGCUGUGGCUGGGGAUCCUGGGCUGGUGCUCAGCGAGGGGCAGUGGGGCCGUGGCUGGGUCCUGGGCUGACCUGGCAGGUGUCAGAGGAGGAGUUUGCUCAGAGAAGGGAUGUUGGUGCUUCACAGACCGUGCUGUGCAGAGAGAGAACCUGACACCGACUGCAUAACACCUGACUUACCUUCCUCCUGCAGGAACAAACACUGCAGUGGGCUCAUUGCACGAGGUGAUGGCUCUGAAUGCCAUGUCUUUGUCUUCCUCCCUCCCGAGGGCUGUGCCUGUCCUUCCAGCGGGACAGGGACCGGCGCGGGGCCGCGAGGUCCCCAGCGGUUCCAGCAGAGACGGUGCUGUCGUGGUCCUGCUGUGGUGUUUGGUCAGGAUUCUUGACAAUCUGCUUUCGUAGAGGGGAAAAUUUAAGGGCUUAAAUUUUAGCACUGCAGAACAGAGUAUUUGACAACUCACUUGGAACUCAGCUUUCCAAGUGAGCCAGUGCUGAGUAAUAAUUUCAAAACCCAACUGUACCGUGUUUAUCCCAAGGUCCUUCACAGCAGUGUGAAGGGUGAACCCCCCCCAGGUGCACCAAGAGCAGUUGGGUCCUGGCACCUUUCAGGCUCCAAAACGGUGGAUCCCUGGGGAACUGAAACCCUGGUCUAUGCACAUCGAUCCUCCCCCAGCUCUCCUGGCAACUGUAAAUCAGUUUACAGCUCCUGUUUAGUGGUGUUCCGGAUCCAUGACGUCUCGUUCUCUGUGUGUUGUUGUCACUGUACAGUCUGGGCUGUCCUCAGUCUCCUGCUGCUGAGCACAGCCGUGCCCUGUGUCUGUCAGUGGGUUUGUUCUCAUUUCCCCCUGCCCCAGGGAAGUGCAAUCUGCUUCCUUCCUCCCUUCCUCCUCUCCAAGCUACGAGUGAGCCCAUUCCUCUGAGCGCAGGAGUGGGAUGGCUCUGCUCCUGGGAGAGAAAAUGUAGACAGCAGCUAUUUAUAACCUGUACAUGAAUGCAUGAUUUAAUGUAGUUAAAUAUUCAUGUGGUGAGUGCCAAGACUUUUUACGGAGCGUUGUUAUGUGAGUCAAAGUGAAGGCACAGAACCACGGAACGGUUUGGGCUGGAAGGGACCUUUAAAGGCCAUCGAGUCCAACCCCCUGCCGUGGCAGGGGCACCCUCCACUAGGAUGCCCUGAGCUCUGUCCCUGUUCCCCUCUGCACAGAGCGGGGGCUGAGCAGGGUUUGGUGGCACCCGGCACCUCAGGGCAGCAGCAGCAACUGUGACCUCCACCGUGUCCCAGCAUGGCCUGGGGACGUGGGACUGCUUCUUUCCAAAAAAAUGUGCUCAGAUGAGUGUUGUUUGGAGCGUUGCCUCUGCACACAGAGGUUAUUAUCCGUGAGUUGUGGUUGUGUGUAGCCACAGGAACAGGAGUGCCACUGCUCUGCGUGUCCUCCGGCUCCACGGGAGCCACUGGACGUGGGGAUUUGCCACACUGAAUGGGUGUCUUCAAGGGGUGUUGCCCCUGAGCUGUUUCUAGAAGGGCAAGGAGCUGAUGGAGGUGCAGGAGGCAGGUGCUGCCCCUGAGGCACAGGCAGGGUGGGAUGGACACGAUCAGGUGUGGUCAGACCCUUCCUGCUCUUUGGUGUCACUCCCAGCCAGCUCUGGCCUGGCAGUUCCUGCCCAGGGUCUCCCAGGGGGAAGGGCUGGUGCAGUGAGAGCUCCUGCCAAAAGGGAAAGACCUGGAGAGAGAAGAGUUGAGAGCCAGACCAGGCUGGUGUGUCAGGGGGGAUCUUCCACCAGUUGUGCUGGGAGUAGUUGUUCUGAAUAGCUCAGGAAGGGGCUGUCAGCUUCUCCAGGGAAGUUGUGAACUACAGGAAAAUAGUGUGGGCAGUGUGGCUGUGGGCAGGGCCUGCCUGUGGGGGCUCUGCUGUGGGACUGCAGCAUUUGCAGGGAGAUAGGAAUUGUUUGGCUGUUAGACUUUCCCUUGGAUGUGGUUUUGCCUGAUUGUGCUCAUGGAAUCAUGGAGUAUUUGGGGUUGGAAAGCUGUGAAGACCAUUCAGGGGCUUCUGGUCACCCUCUUUGACUGACUCCUUGUUGCUUUGACUGCACAGGAAGGUACCAGGUUUGUUGUUUGAACACUCCUGGGAGUGUUCAGUGAGCGGGAUCCCCAGUGCUGACAGCUGCUGGCUGUUGUAAAUACAGGAGUGCAAGCUGGAAAAAAACAGGAGAAGGAAAAAAAUGUUCAGGGACAACAGUAUUAUCCAUUAUCCGUGGAACAGUGGGUCCCUCCACUCUCUGUAUCUGCCAGGAUACAAAGUGGGAGCUGCUGUGCUGUCGUCGUGUUUCUGGCAUGGAGGCUGGUCCAGCCCCAGUGCCCCCAAACAGGGUCAGGCCACGUGCUGCUUUGCCACUUCCAAAUGAUUUCCUCAGUUUCAGUAAUAAUAACUCUACAUAUUCCCUUAUCUCCAGUGGAUGGUUUUCAUCCUGUUCGAAUUCGUGCCUUGUCCCCAGGGAACAGGACGCCCCCUGUGCUGCGCCCACCCCGUCCCUGGAGCGGUGCCAGUCCCCAGGUGGCUGUGGCAGGGCUGUGACAGGGACAGGUGGCAGCAGCUGGGGGGCCAUUCCCUGUGCCCCAGGCCCUGUGUGACUGUAGGAGCUGGUGUGUAACUUUUGCCCUUCCUGCCAGGCCUGGCUCUCCCACUGCCGCUGUCAGGGAUGGGGUUAUCCCUUCUCAGAGCAUUGCUGGGCGUUUUCCCUUGCCCAGACCCAAGCUCAGGGGACAGCUCUGGUCUGGUGCUGGAGGGGGAGCUGGGACACUGCGCCUGAGCUGGAGCACAGGGGGUGCCCUGGUAGGGCAGGAUCCGUGGAGAGCCUGGCUGCCAUCCCAGCCUGUCCCACUGCCCCAUCCCCUCCCUGCUGUCCUUUCAUGGCUCGUAUGGAGAGUGUGGUGUGAGGCAGAGUCAGAGGGGCUGCGUGUGGAGCACCCCAAGCCCCUCAGUGCAUGUGAGUCGUGGUGGUCACGACGUUACGGAAUAGUCCGGGCAAAUCCAGGCGCUGAUGCGAAGCCACUCGGAGAGGAGCUUGUCCCUGCGCUGCCGUAUUUAUCUGAAUUGGAAUUCGGAAUGUUUACCUCAGUGUACAUAGCUCAACCUUUCCCUGGGAGGAAAGGGGAAUUGCAUGGAGCAAUCGCUGUCCCAUCGCUUUGCCAAACUCCUCAUCCUCUCCCAGCCAGGCUCCGUGUCGGUACUGACUGUCCUGUCCCUCUUGGACCUUUCUAGGAUGUGAAUGGUAAAAAUGUGAAUAUUUGUUGUUUACUUCCUUAGCAGAACUCCUGAUGCUGUGUUUGUAUGGGGAAUCAGCCUGAGCAGACCCAUAUGCAAUCGGUUUUACUUUAUUAUAAACUGUAUAUGAUGUACAAACUAAUAAAAACUCAAACGAC